AUGACCUCAGCCGGGAGGCCUCCUGAAGCCCAGGAGGAGGUGGCCGUGGAGCCGGCGCAGCUCACACUGGCGUCCAGUAACCUCUAUGAGUGUCCAGUGCUGGAAGCUCAGAGCCUGGUGCCAGCCCCCGAGGUCUUCAGGACCACAGGGGAAGACAAUUGUCCAAGAGGACCUGCCUCGGAGCCUGAGACCCAGGAGCAAGAGCCCAAGCUGGAGGUGGAGGUGCCAGAGGAGAGAGGCCCCAGGCUUAUAGUCACUCCCGUGAGGCCUGGUCAUGGGCCCAAAAGGAAGCCGGUCAAGCCUGGUGGAUUCCCAGGUUUCCAUGCUCAUCCUAGGGUCGAAGUUGAGCUAUCCCCAGGGCUGUCACUGCAGAGGGAGGAGUCGGAGGGAAGCCAGAGUGAGCCCUCGCCAUCCCCCAAACAGCACAAGAAAGCAAAGAAGCGCAAGAGCCUGGGGGCUUCUGGGCUCCUUGCCUCCGCAGCACCUGCUCCAUCAGAGGUCUUGGGACCAGAGCGGAAGGCCCAGCGCCUACGGCCACUGUACCAGUAUAUCAACUACUGCAAUCCUGAAUUGAAUCAGGCCAGUGAAGAGGAUGUGGAAACCAAGGCCGAGGUCAAGACCAAGGCUGAGGCUGAGCCAGACUCUGAGCCGGGCCUGGUCCCAGAGGAGGCAGGGGUGGAGCCACUGCAGGCCCUGCUACCUGCAACAGCAGCAGCAGAGCUGGGCUCUGGCCUCGCCAUGCCCUGCAUCAGUGUGCUGCUGACCCCCAUGCACGUGCUGCCUCCUGGUGAGGAGCCUGGGGGUUCACCUGAUGCAGACUUGAGUGACUGCCUCAAGACUGAGGUGGACAAGGCAGCCGAGGCAGACGUUGACAAGAUGCUGAGCGUCUGCACAGCUCCUCUAGUGCCCCCACUCUCUCCACAGUACAAGUGA